CCGGUAGUCAAGCUAAAAGCCGGUGAACAAACGCACAAUGCGGCUGUGCAGUCUCCCAUAAUGUCUAGUUUUUUUUUGCCGUUUUAAACUGUAUAUUAUCGAUUGCCUUGUGUACACUAACACAUACAGUGUCAUAUUUCAUAUGUGGAUACAAGCAGUCCCUCAAACACCACGUUUUGGUGUAUUUAUUGACAACUAACCAACAUUGGCUGCUGGACUGUUGAGAGGAACUGAACUACUUACUCUUCAUAGACUUUCUCUGUUGUGACCUGUGUGAAUUUUACUGAUAUGUCUGCUAAUGCUCCAGGCUUCCAAAGUAAGGCCCGAGUGGCCAUCAUAGCCGAGCUGGAGAAGGAGAGGAGACGUCUCAUCCAGACCAACCAGUCCAUGAACACCCCUGGGGCUAGCAUUUCGCUUUCACGGCCCAUGAAAGAAUUCAGGGACAAUGCAGAGCAACAACAUUUUGCGGCACAACAAAAAGCUGCUUUACAGCACGCACAUACACACUCAACAGGCUUCUUCAUCACUCAAGAUUCGUCUUUUGGCAACCUUAUCCUCCCUGUCAUUCCACGACUAGAGCCCCACUCAUGACCUUUUACCUUUGCUGUGGGAUGUAUGAACUAUGCUUACAGAUCUUACACAAAUAAUCAAUGUCUCCUUUAAUCUUGUCUUUUAAGGCAUUUAUUGUCAUCUUAUGAACAUUCUCAGGGGAGUAAUGUGUCAUUUAAUUUUGUUGGAUAUAUUGGAUUGCUGGUUUAGAAAAAUAUUUACCAUCAAAGUUACAAAUACAACUGCCCUACCACAUAAUGAUUAGAGAUGGAGUGUUCUCUUAAAUGUUGUCACCAGUUACAAUUACCUUGAACUGUGUAUUUUGGCAUUUUUACAUUCUUAUUCAUUUGUAAUCAUAUUUGAAUAAUAAAAGUGUUUAACACG